GGCUGGGUGUCACUGAGGGGGGCGGCGCACCUCUCCAGCAGACCCCUCCCGCUACCAAAUCCCCCUCACACACUGUGACCAGCAGCCAGACAGCCAGACGGCCAGGCAGCCUCCUCACUACACCCAGCGCCGCACAGCACCGCAGUCACAGCAGCAUCUCAUGCCUUCUGCUCCGGGAUAGACAACCGUGCAUCUGUCCAUCCGUCCGUCCAUUACAGCAGCCAGGGAGGUGGAAGCCUGAGGCGUGCAGGUGAAGAUGCUGGAAAACGGGAGGAAGGUGUUCAAGGAGGGUCUGCUGGAGAAGCGGAGCGACGGGCUGCUGCAGCUCUGGAAGAAGAAGCACUGCGUCCUGACCGAGGACGGCGUGCUGCUGCUGCCGCCCAAGCAGCACGACCAGCCGCAGCACCACCAGCACGGCGGCGGCGGAGGGGACGCGGGCAAAGUCAAGGAGCUGCACUUCGCCAACAUGAAGACGGUGGACUGCGUGGAGCGGAAGGGCAAGUACGUCUACUUCACGGUGGUCAUGACGGAGGGGAAGGAGAUCGACUUCAGGUGCCCGCAGGACGAGGGCUGGAACGCGGAGAUCACCUUGCAGAUGGUCCAGUACAAGAACCGGCAGGCGAUCCUGGCCGUCAAGUCCACCCGGCAGAAGCAGCAGCUGCUCGUCGUGCAGAUGCCCGGACAGAAGACGAUCCGCAGCUCGCCAAACGUUGCGUGACCUGCGGCGAGUCCCGCGGACAUUGGUGCACCAUCAGCGGUUAAUUGGACACUCAGCCGGAGGAUGAAUAUUGACGCGGGCUGCAUCCCCCCCUGCCGCUUCACCACAGAGCUCCAUUCUCCAGGAGAGCCCCUCUUCCAUGUCGUGGUGUCCACAGACCAGCGUCCCCUUUUCAAUACAGAGACUUAUUUCACAAAAGACUGAUGGACAAAAAGCAUGUGAGAAAACAACUGUACUCUACCGUGCAUUGGGUUUAUCCCUUAUUUAUUAGAUGUGUAUAUAUAUUUUCUAUAAAAAAUGUUAUGUUGUUGAUGAAUGUUCAGUGUGUUUGUUGCUAGAAUGGAACAAGAAAUACUCACUCGGAGGUUCCUAGCCCACAUGUUACACACAAAGUCCAUUGGGAAUAAGCUUAUAUAAUUAUCUUAGGACGGUUGCUGUAGGUUAGUCAGAUCACUUCAUUCCCGGUAGAAUGUGUCAUCGUCCAUGUUUUCAUUUCUCAACUGAACCAAAGAAUCAUGCCAUUACAUUUCUCUCUCUAGUGCAGUGUUCCAGCUCAGAGUAUACUAUACUAAAAUACUAUAGAUAUAUGAUGAGAUACCUGCAUGACUAAUUUGUUUGAGUGCUUGAUUUGUUUAUAGCCACAGUACAUCUUCAUAUUUAUAUUGUGUGCAUCAAUCAUUUUCCUGCAUUCAUAGCUAACAAAGCAAUCUCUUGCUUUCUUGUAAGUCUUAAGUCUGAGUAAGACGCAAGCUUAUUACUCUCAGUUUGUUUUCAGUGGCUACGAGCUAAGAGCGCUGUUAAGUAGUAAGUAAGUAACAUACACAGCUGAGUUUUUAUUAUAUUAAAUGCUCUGAAGACAGUUUAAUUGGUUGCAUUAAAUCUUAGUGGGUGUGGACACAUUGCCAAUGUUCUCUGACUUGAUAGGUGUAGUCUGAAACCAAUAAGGUGGAGGAAAACAGUAGUACUUGGAAUUGAUAGCCAAAAACAAAGAGGAAAAGUACCAUGACAUUUUUAAAUCUGUGGACAUUCAGAGCUACUUCCUCUUCUGCGUCAAAACCGGAGAUGCUAUUGUAGCUAAAUAGCUGUGUUGCGCUGACUGUUUUUCUUUAGCCCUACUUUGUCAGAGUGUAAGUGCCCCACAAAAGAGGCAUGGUUUGUAGACAGUUAUGGCGUUCAUGGUACAAAUAGGUCUCUUGAAUAAACUGUGUCAAAUUAUUUCCCUGUUAGCUACUGUUAACUGUAACUAAGCUUGCUUCGUGUGAGUUAGCUACUCUGCUAACUAGUUUGCUCAAUGAAAGUUGGCUGCUGUGCUAACUUGCUUGCUUAGGGGGCGUUCGUAAAUCCAAUUUGAUGCUGUACGCUAAAAUGAGAGCGUUGUUGUUUAAAGAAACAGAGUGUUCAAUUUGCAAAUGUUCCAGUUUGUGCCAGAGUGCGCUCCAGCACUUGGAAUGAGUAUUUCCGAACACACCUUAAGUGUAAUGAUGUGUUCAGAGGAAGUCAUGUUAACUGUGUUCCAGAGAGGAGUUGGUAUGAACGCCUCCCCUGUUGUGGUAAUCAUGACCUUGCAAGUGGAAAUUUUCUGAGAGACCAAAGUUCAUAACUGUGUGUAGGCCUAAACCAGGCCCCCAGGAAGUGUGCCGGGCUUUGAAGCCAAUUUUCAUAGUGGCUGAACAGCGGAAUUAGAACUUCCUUGUGCGUCACGUGAUCCCACUGGGCCCAGAAAGACUUUUUCCCAUAGACUUACAUUGUUAGAGGGAGAUUUUUUUUCUCUGCAGAAUGACUCAUUUCACUGUCUGGACUUGAUCCAUUUGAUUCAAUAACAUUUGGCAAGUCGAGAGGAGCCACAAGAUUAAAUCAUCCCCAUUCAAGUUAGCAAAGCACGACAAUGAAAGUAGCCGGCUCGGCCAGCAGACGUCUCUAUUGCGCCUGCUCUAUGGG